GUGCCAAUGACCGAGAUUGUUCUUUAUCGCUUCGCUGUUGAUUAUAAAACAUGGGCCUUUUAAACAAUCAGCAAACUAAAACUCAACUCAUUGUAGUUCGGCAUUGUGUGUUGAAAGGUUUAAAAUGUCCUGGAAUUAUAUAUUAAACGUCAAGGUGGUAUCGUUGAUAUGCAUAAUCCUUACGAUAGCAGUGUAUCUCGUAGAAAAGAAACUUCGCAAUGAACUCGGAAAGUGCCUUAUUAGCAGCCUAUUCUGCCUCGGAGUGCUGUGUUAUUCUUCGAUUGUGAGAGAUUUGAAAAUAUGGGAAAAUGGUGCUACUACAGGUGGUGAUGUUUUCUUUGGGAUCGCCUUCCAUCUCUGGCUCUCAGUAAUCAGCUAUCACCUGUGGAAAAUUUUAGUGUCGCUAAGAAGAGUUGAACCUCGAUAUCGGUUCCUGAAAUACAGCGCCUUUGUCUGGGUCACGGCUGGUAUCUUGACUGCAGUCGCUCAUUUGGUGUACAUAUAUGACUUGUUAAACAUAAGGAUCUUCGGGAUUAUGGUAGUUGUGGCGCUUUUGGUGGUAAAAAUAUUCAGUGUGAUCAUGUUUCUCCGAACCGCAAUUUACAUUUGGAAUGUAAAGAGGAAUAUACGACGGCUUACAGAAGAGCAGGAGACGACGACGACCUGCCUCAAUUUCGAUAGUGAAACUUAUAUACAGUUUCUCCGGAUCUCUUUUAUUAUGGGAGUAAAUUGGCUGUUGGAGUUUUUUUUUGUUAUAGCGAGUGUCUUUUGGCCAGGGACCUGUGGAGUAGCUAAACAAUUAAAUUUAUACAGUGGUUUAAUAAUUUUUGAUGUGCUAAUCCUCAAGCGUAGCACCAUAAAUAUGUUCAUGGAUAGCACUCAUAUAAGGCCACUGCAGCAAUGUGCCCGCACUCAAACGCAAAUACAGCCGGCUUAGGUGUUUGUAAUUUUAAACGCCGCUCAAUGUACCAAGAGUUCAUUUUUAAUUUCUGUCUCUGAUUAGCUGGGAAAAGGACAUGGCUAAUAAAAUGAUAUAAGAUUGAUAUUUUCAAAAAAUAAAAUUUUAACAUACGUCGGCUAAUAUCUCGUUUUUCCAUAAAUAAAAAGAACUUGGGAUCUAAGUCUUUGCCAUUUAAAACUCGUAGGUAUAAGAA